AUGGAGGCUAACUUCAGAAACCUUGAUCGGACCAUCAUGAGCCAGCCAAUGCCUCCUGAACUCAAAGAUACAAAUGCCCUUAUAUAUUGCAACGAUUGCCAUGCGAAGAGCGUUGUGCCAUACCAUUGGCUGGGCCUGAAAUGUGAAAUUGGUGGUGAAGGCCUCGCCGUUCCUAUACCUGGAACUUCUAACGAUCACCGUACCGGAGCCAGGAAUUCUGUCAUCGAGACGCCAGGUCAUCAUUUCCACGAGGCGCCUACUGACAGUGGAGGAUCACAGGCCCGUAGCCUUCCUCAUACAUCUUUUCAUAGUUCGAGAGCAACUCCAAAGUCGCCGGUAGUGACGAACUACUUUGCACUUAGCCGUCAAGAAGACGUAGAUAGCUCAACAUCCCAAUCUAGGGGACCCAUGCGAUUAACCAGGGGAAGCUUUAGUGGUUUUAAUUUCUGGAGUGGUGUAAAUAUAAAGGAAAGACUCGGGCUAAUUGGGAGCAGUGAUGCUGAAACCGAACCUGGGAGUGACGGUAGCUCAGACAACCAGGAAACAGAAGAUGACGAUGACGAGGACGAGGAUGAGGAUGAAAGUCCCGACACCAUCGAUAUCUUUGGUCACCGCUAG